CCACAAAGCAACUAGAACGCUACAAAUGAACGUUCAGUUCGCAGCCUUAUUUUGUAGCUGUUAGAAGAUUAAAACUUUAUUCACGUUGACGUUGCUGCUUCAUAGACGAUUUCUUCAGACUGCAGUCUUUGCAGGGUGAGCUUUGGCUGUCGAAGGCAUGGAGGCGAUUGGAAAGUUUGAUUUCACUGCCACAGCUCCUGAUGAGCUCAGCUUCAAGAAAGGAGAAACCAUUAAGAUUUUGGGUACGAAGGAUGACUGGUAUAGAGCCGAAAAGUGCGGCACGCUUGGAUUCGUUCCAAAGAAUUACAUCAGGCUCAACGUUCCCAGCUGGUAUCAGGAGGACGUUAGUCGACAAGAGGCCGAGACCAUUCUCAUGUCCCAGCCAAUAGGAGCCUUCAUGAUCCGCGACAGCCAGAGUUCUCCAGGAGAUUUAUCCAUCUCAGUCAGGCACGAGUUUGACGUGCAGCACUUUAAAGUGAUGCGGGAUCCGAAGGGACAGUAUUUCCUGUGGAAUGAGAAAUUCACUUCUCUGAAUAAAUUAGUGGACUAUUACACACUCAAUUCCAUCUCCAAGCAGAGCUGUGUCCGCCUCCUCAUAGAACAGCAGAACCCAUUAGAUGUUACUCAAGAAUCCAGACCAUCUCCUCGGCCCAGGUUAGAAGUCCCUAACAGAGGCAUUUCAGAUGCUAGAACAUUUCCUCAGCCCAGGUUAGAAGUCCCUAACAGAGGCAUCUCAGAUGCUAGGACGUUUCCUCAGCCCAGGUUAGAAGUCCCUAACAGAGGCAUCUCAGAUUCUAGGACGUUUCCUCAGCCCAGGUUAGAAGUCCCUAACAGAGGCAUUUCAGAUGCUAGGACAUUUCCUCAGGAGAGAGGAGAGAGGAUAGAGAGUCAGAGUAGAUCAGCAGGCCCACGGUGCCCCCCUCCCCGCCCUGCAGAGACCCUACCACCUCCACAGCCAUCACUGACGCAGGUCAGAGCUCUGUACAACUUCACUGCAGAGGAAAAGGAUGAGCUGGACUUCAACGCAGGCGACAUUAUAGAGGUCCUGGAGCAAUUGGACUCCUCCUGGUGGAUGGGUCAAAUACGAGGCAAAACUGGACUCUUCCCCUGCAGCUACACCACUGCUUUAUAAACAUAUACAGCAAAAAUAACCACAUAGUGUUCACCUGGACUCUGAAAGCUGCAGAAAUGCCACAAUGCUGACUUUAGUGAGAUAUUCUACUUCUGUCAAACUACAGCUGUCUCAUAACAUUAAUGCAAUACAACAAUAUGCACUGUACAAAAUUAUUUGGAUUGUUUCAAAAGUUUCAAUUUACUGAGCAAUAAUAAAAAUACAGGUUAUUAUGUUAUCCUAGCAACACUGUUGAGUCCAGUCGUGACCAAAGAGGAUAACAUACCAUCAAAAUAAUUUUUGCUGAGCCAUCUACAAGAUGCACUUUUUUGCAAGGACUUUGUGUUAUCUAUGAUGCCUUCCAAAUAAACAAUCUGAUCAAUCUU